ACAUUAUCACAAUUUUUGGGCUCAGGGAAUUGGUUUGGGGAUUGGGGUUCAGAGAGAGAGCGAGAGAUCACUAAAUUGGGUUUGAGAGAGGGAGAGAGAAUGGGAUUGCCUUCACCCACUUUCUGCUUCCAAAGCCGGCGUUUCCUCUCCCCUCCACUCCACCUCCAACCCAAACUAACCCCAAAAUUCAGACACCAGGCCCUCCCCCUCUCCUCCCCAGCCAUCGAUCUUCUUGCCGCUGCCACAACCACUCCUGACGCUGGCGCCGGCGGCAGCACCACCGUUGCCGUGGUUGGUGGCAGUGCAAUUGCCGCCCUGGCUGCCGUCCUCUCUGCUGCGGACCCGGAGAAACGCCGCCAGCUCCAAGCCAAUGAAAUGGGUGGUGACGACAAAGAGGUCGUGAAAGAAUACUUCAACAACUCCGGCUUCCAGCGCUGGAAAAAAAUUUAUGGUGAAACCGAUGAUGUUAAUCGUGUUCAGCUCGACAUUCGAUUGGGCCACUCGAAAACAGUGGAGAAAACACUUGAAAUGCUUACAGAUGAGGGCCCAUUGCAGGGCCUCACAGUUUGCGAUGCAGGGUGUGGCACUGGGUCCCUUGCCAUCCCCCUGGCAUGCGAGGGAGCAGUUGUAACGGCCACCGAUAUAUCGGCUGCCAUGGUUAGCGAAGCUCGUUCUCAAGCCGAGAAGGCAUUGGAAGGAGAAAAUAUCCCAAAAUUCGAAGUCAAGGACUUGGAAUCUCUGGAAGGUCGAUUCGAUACGGUGGUGUGUUUGGAUGUGUUAAUACAUUAUCCUCAGCACAAGGCGGAUGAGAUGAUUGCACAUUUGGCAUCACUGGCGGAGAAGCGAUUGGUGCUGAGUUUUGCGCCAAAGACGUUUUACUAUCUACUGUUGAAGAGGAUCGGGGAGCUCUUUCCGGGGCCUUCGAAGGCAACGAGGGCCUACUUGCAUUCGGAUGGGGAUGUAGAGAGGGCAUUGGAGAAGGUGGGGUGGAGGGUGAGAAAGAGGGGGUUUAUAGCCACUCAGUUCUAUUUCGCAAGUCUCAUUGAGGCUGUUCCGAUUGCGUCUGCCUGAGAUCAGGUUUCUGUUUGAUUUUGCAUUUUGCAAUAUAUAUACAGGGGCCAUGGCUAUGCUGAACUGCUUAGGGUUUGGUUUUCAAUUCUAUUAAUGGGGAAAAACUAAGUAUGGUUGAUUAGCGGUUGAGGGAAGCGGGCUGGGGUUUUAACUGGGAACUUGGUUUGUUAAUUUGAGGCCAUUGAUGCCAACCGCCUAGUCUAGUUCUGUAAUCUUACUUCUUGUACUUUUCUGAGUCUCCAACCACAUUUUGAGACUAUUUUUAUGCAAACAAAGUGCUCAGGUUUUGAAA